CACCGAGCGGCGACUCGCUACUACUUCCCAGUGUACCGCAGGCUGUAACACUACAUCACCAUUUGUGGUGCGCACUCUGCUGCUGUUUGUCAGUAAAUAUAUUGGCGGUGAUAAUAUCACAAUGGCGUUCGAGCAGUUUGUGUACGAAGUUAAUGAGAAGGGAGAAAAUGUUCUCGUGAAAUCAAUAAACUCCGAUACUCCGGUGACUGUCCGCUUCACGAACCAGACGUCGCGUCCGGUGAACGUGUGGUGGCGCAACUUCGAGGGGAGGCAAGUGUUCUACGGCCGGAUUGAACCGGGCGCGAGUCUCGACCAAGGCACGUUCCUGACACACCCUUGGCAGUUCACGGAUGCGUGUACCGAGCAGUACUACGGGAUCGACAACCGGCGUGUGUUCAGGCCGCCGCCGGACCUUGCGGGCCAGACACCGAACUUCAACAUCACUGCGCCCUCGUGUAACUGUCCAUGCUAAUAAAGAGUCUGUCUGUAAAUGUC